AUGCAGUCUGUCAGGUACAUACCUACCUAUAUCCAGCGUGCCCCAGGAGCUCCGGCUACGGGCAGCUCCCUUCAUAACCAUGGCCAUUGGAUGCCCGAGAACGUCGAGCUCCGUCGGGCCUGGCUUGCAAGCCUGCUCGACAAGACCAAAGCCGAAAUCCCCAAGAAGCUGCGCAAUGAGGAGAACCCGGUUGAGACGUUCAGAAAAUUGAUUGAGGACAACUCAACCAUAUACAUGCUGGCCCAUUCCAUGUUCGAGGAAAUACCCGAAAAGGCGCCGUACGAUAGGGACCCGACCACUCUGAGGAAGCAAGUCCGGAACUACAAUACCAUGCUGUACCUCUUCAAUACACUCCUCACUGAGGUGCCAGAAUACUUUCUGAGAGACAAUCCAACCGUACCAAGCGGUCUCAUUGGCUUUCCAUUCAACAUUAUCGUUGACUGGCCAAUGGGUACGCCAAGCGGACGUCAAUUCUUCUUGGACGAGAGGGUGAAUACGUGUCUCAAGAAGAUUUUGAACAAAUGGAACGACUUCCUCAAAGACCCUACAGCUGGGGGCAAGGGUGAUAAGGGUGGCAAUCAGGCUCUGAUCAACGCCGGAUGGAGCUCCGACGAGGCGAUCCGACAGCUGCAAGACAAAGCGAAUGAGGCCACUCCCAAUGAGACGCCGAAGACGUUCGACAAAAUAUUCGAGUAUCCCUCUGGAGGUACCCAAGCGACCUUCUACAACUAUGCGUGCUGGGACGAUUUCUUCACUCGCAAGUUCAAGAAGGGUGUUCGCCCGGUAGCUAAGGCGGCUGUCGUGAACGCUUGUGAAUCAUUCCCUCUAUCAUUCGACACCGAUGUCUCGCGCCGGAACACUUUCUGGCUUAAGGGCACACCAUACUCGCUCCAUGAUAUGCUAGGAGGAACACAGGACUACAAUGUUUCGUCCUACGUGGACAGCUUUGUCGGCGGCUCAGUGUAUCAAGCCUUCCUGAGUGCCGACUCCUACCACUGCUGGAAUGCUCCAGUUACUGGUGUAGUUAAGUAUCGCAGCCUGAUUGAUGGAACCUACUUCGCCGAAACAGCUGCUGCAGGGUUCGGAGGGUCGAGUGGCCCUGAUCCCGCUGGCCCAGACGUCUCCCAGCGGUAUAUUACUCAUAUAGCUGCGCGAGGUGUUCUCAUCGUUGACACUAAUGUCCAAGGCGGGGCAAACAUUGGGCUGGUUGGAUUUGUACCAGUUGGAAUGUCGGAGGUAUCAACUUGUGACUGGUAUGAAGGUACAGAAGUAGGAAAGACUAUCACUCAGGGAGAUGUCAUUGGGGCUUUCCAUAGUGGUGGAUCUACUCACUGCCUCAUCUUCCAGCGUGAAGCAGUUAAGAAGCUGGAAUUCAUCCCCAAAGCACAGUACCCUGAGAUUGCGACCACCAACCUAGCUGUGAAUAGCGAGUUGGCCAGUCUCAUCUCUUAA